AUGUCGAGGACCCCAUUACAAUGGCACACUGCACAACCAAAUGGCUGGUACUUUGACGGAAGGCGGCGUGUCUCUGAUGAUGAGAAUCAGAGGCUGCCCUCGCCAUCUAAUAACCCCUACUCGACAACACAGCAGCCGCCACAGUUCCUCCAUCCUGAGAACCGGGGCUACGAUCCCACGAUGAUCAGCCCGUCGCAGUCUCGAACGUCCGUUUAUGGGCGACCCCGAGAAAGCGCAGCAGAGCCGGGGGUCACGUUUUCUUCGGGCAGCACGAGCGCCAUGGCUCAGCACGGCGUACAGCGCUCGAGUGUGUUGAAAGGCGUGGACUAUAGCGGGACGCAUGGCUCUUACGACCAUCGUGGCUCUAUAGGGUCUAGCGGACGAGUGAAUGAUAUGGACUCUCAAUAUAGCAGCAGUUCCACUACCUUUCCGAGUCCGGUUCAUUCAGACAAGAGCAUGGCCCUCUAUUCUCAGAAUGUGCCUUUUGCAAAGCAGCAGCAACUACCACCGCCACGUCCGCAACAGCCUUCACAACGACAUACCACAUCCAGCAUGCCCAUAGGCUUUGAGAAACUACUCAACCAUUCGCCAUCUCCCCCUCCCCCUCCUCUUCCUCCGCCCAGACGGCCAUCCUCAUCCUCGCGUUAUCACCUCCACAUCCGGCAACAGCCUCUCGCAGCCCGAGCAUGCGGCGCCGGCGACAGAGAUCGUCGACCUGUCGACCCACCGCCCAUCAUCCAGAUGCUUCUCACAGACUUCGACCCCCAGUCUGAGGCUGACUCGGACAUCCUGCAGGAUCCGCGCUUCGCAGUAGGCUGCCUCCUAGUUCCUGUAUCUGCUUCAUCCGACAUCGACGCCGAGCCGGGGCUUCGCGACGACUAUCCCGCCCAGAGAGAUGCAGGAAGCGGAGGCGGAGGCGGCCAAACCACACCUCUUCUCUCGGGCAAGGCGUUCGUCUCGCCUUUCUACGUCGACGCAGACCCCGACCCAGAUACCGCCCCAGUCCACCCAUCCAGCAGCAUCAUCGAGUCCCUCUACAACACCGGGACUACAGCCAAAACCCCCUUCAUCCUCCCCAACCCCAACCCACCAAGCAAGACCAACACGUCCAUCCCCGCCACCUUCUACAUAUUCUCCGACCUCUCCGUCCGCACGGCCGGUCUGUAUCGACUCCAGUUCCGGCUUAUGAACUGGGGCAAUGUCGAAGAUACUGGCAAAUCUAUGCCCAUCCUCGCGGAGACCUGGUCCGAUCCGUUUCGCGUUUAUCCGGCGAAAGACUUUCCGGGUAUGCGGGACUCGUCGGCGCUCACGAGGGGUUUGAAGGAGCUGGGAUUUGUGGAGCUUAAAACGCGCGGAAGAGGUGAGGGGAAGGGCAGGAGGGCAAGAUGA